AUGUGGUCAUUCAACAGCUCCAACACCUGCUGUUCUGCAUUUAUCCUGACGGACAUCCCACUUCUGGAGGCUGCUCAUGUCUGGCUCUCCAUCCUCUUCACUUGCCUUUACAUUGCAUCCCUUGUGGGGAACUGCACAAUCCUUGUCAUCAUGAUUGAUCCGAGCCUCCACAAGCCCAUGUACUGUUUCCUGGCCGUGCUGGUCAUCUCUGAUUUGGGUUUGUCUCUGUCUACAAUGCCAACUGUCACAAGUAUUUUCUGUGUCAACUACAGGAAAACCACUUUGGACUCCUGCUUUGCUCAGGGUUACUUCGUUCAUUCCUUCUCAUUCUUAGAGUCCUCAGUGCUCCUGGCCACAGCCUUUGAUCACUGUGUGGGCAUCUGCUACCUAUUGAGAUACUCCUCAACCCUCACCAUUGCCAGGAUCAGCAGGAUUGGGCUGGCUGCCCUCUGCAAAUGUCUGUUAGGAGUACUGUCAUCAAUCUUCUUGCUGAGAAGGUUGUUCUUCUGCCAAUCCCGUGUGCACUCCCACGCCUACUGUCUGCAUCAGGACCUGAUCAGGUUGAUGUGUGCAGACAUCACAUUCAAUCGCAUGUAUAGGUUAGCUGUGGUAAUCCUCAAAAUUGUACUAGAUCCAUUGCUUAUUGUUUCAUCAUAUAUUAUGAUUUGUAAGACAAUUUUGAGCAUCGCAUCCCAGAGGGAGCAUCUCAAGUCUUUGAACAACUGAUUGUCCCAUAUCCUGGCUGUCCUGAUCCUGUACAUCCCCAUGGUUGGCUUGUCCAUGGUUCACCGUUUUGGCAAACACGCUUCUCCUCUUGUUCAUGUCCUCCUGGACGAUAUCUACCUUCUGGUCCCCCCUUUGCUAAUCCCCAUCAUCUACAGCAUAAAAACCAAACAGAUACACAGCGGGGUCAUCAAGGUCUUCAUGUCAAGAAAGAGCUUCUCUAUCACAGCACAUAAAUUGCCUUCACUAACUGCUCUCCAUAAACUAGUGGGAUGA